CGGAGUCACCUGGAAGUGAACUUGGGACUCCCAGCCUGCUCACGGCUUCUCUGUUGGUAGCUCUUUCUGCUGUCCCCAGCUGCUUCCCUCUUUGCCCCUCUCUGCCUCAGCUCCCCUGUUAAAUGGCGAGUCAGAUAAGGGCCAGAUCCUCCUCAGACCCCGCAGACCACCUCUCCUGGGGCCAGAUGUGAUUUCACUCUGUGCAGACCUCCAGCCUGCGGGGCUGUUCUCAGCUCGCCGUCCAGAGUGGGGCCUCAUCUGAUGUCGUUGCCUGCCCUCCCCUUGCUGGGCUCCUGGUUGCAGGAGUGGAAAGCCAGCCCCUGACUGAGGCGGGAACCAUUGCCCAGAGAGCCUCCCCUUGACCCCUACCCAGAGGGUCGUAGAGAGGGCCGAGGGUGACUUCAGAGGUCACUUAGGGUGCUCUCCCUGUGGCGUCACGCUGCGUGUGGCUGUGCAGAGUGGUCGUGGUCUGGCAGCCCCCUGCCGUUUCCUGGAAAGACAUGAGGCCAUCUCUGCCAGACCCGACCGACCUUAGGGCAGGCGGUGUGAGCUGCUCCUGCAGCUGCCAGGCACUCUGCCUGCCUGUCUGCUCCCGUCCCAAUGCCCCUUCCCACCGGGGCCUGCUGUGGCUCUUCCUUCCCUCUGCCACCUCGGAGCUAGACUUUCUGAAGCUGGAUGGGGCAUGUCACUGUCCGCUUAGAGCUUGAGGUUCUCCUUGGUCUUCACCAGCCUCGUUGCUGCAGUCAGCCCAGGGCCAGUGGCCGCCCCAGCCCCCUUCACGGCUCCGAUAUACACUGCUGUACACUUGGCCCUUGAACCCCACGGGUUUGAACUGCUUGGGUCACUUACACGCGGAUUUCCUUCCACCUCUGCCACCCCGAGACAGCAAGGCCAACCGCCCCCCCCCCCCCACCAGCCUCCUCAGCAUGAAGAUGACCAGGACGAAGACCUUUAGGGUGAUCCCCUUCCACUCACUGAAUAAUAAAUACAUUUUCUCUUCUUACGGUUGUCUUCACCUUUUCUGUAGUUGCCUUUCUUGGUAAGAAAACAGUACAUCCUGCAACACAGGACAUACGUGUGUGCCAACUGUGUAUGUUACCGGCAAAGCUUCCAGUCAGCAGGAGGCUGCCAGUGGGGUUUUGGGGAGGCGGAAGUGGAUGCAUGGGUUUUUACCUGUGUGCUGGGCUGGCACCCACAGCCCCCGCGCCAUUCAGGGGUCAGUUGUGCCACCCUUGGUGCCCCCAGGAGUGCUGGGCUGGAAGGGCCUGUGGGCCGCUGGCCUGAGCCUGAUGGUGCACUUGCCGUGUGAGCUUGGGUGGCUCACUGUCUCCUUGAGCGUCUUGCCCUGUUUUUCUUAGGCGGGGAAUGAGCGCGCCACCUCUGAGGUUUUACUUGAGGACCCGUGAAGAAAUCUGUUUUGAAACUCUUACUGAACAGGCCUCCUCGCUGGGGAGGCAGAGCCCUCGCGUGGUCUCCUGCCUUGCACACAGCCUGUGCCCCGGGGAGCCUGGCUUGCAGACAACAGCAGCGGUGUCCAUGGGCUCUGGAGACCAUCAGUUCAACCUCGCGGAGAUCCUGUCACAGAACUACAGCGUUGAGGGGGAGUGUGAGGAGCCUGCGAGGUGCUCAGACAAGCCCAAGGAGGAGCUGGAGAAGGACUUCAUCUCCCAGAGCAGCGACAUGCCCUUCGAUGAGCUGCUUGCACUCUAUGGCUACGAGGCCUCAGACCCCAUCUCAGAGCGGGAGAGCGAGGGUGGCGACGUGGCCCCCAACCUCCCAGACAUGACCCUGGACAAGGAACAAAUAGCGAAGGAUUUGCUUUCAGGGGAAGAAGAGGAAGGGCCGCAGUCAUCUGCUGACGACCUCACCCCGUCCGUGACUUCCCACGAGGCCUCCGACCUCUUCCCAAACCGGAGUGGAUCUCGUUUCCUGGCUGAUGAAGUCAAGGAGCCUGGCUCUUCUGCCUCCUCCGACACUGAGGAGGACUCCCUUCCUGCCAACAAAUGUAAGAAGGAGAUCAUGGUGGGACCUCAGUUCCAAGCUGACCUCAGCAGCCUGCACUUGAACCGGCACUGUGAGAAGAUCUACGAGAACGAAGACCAGCUGCUCUGGGACCCCAGCGUCCUCCCCGAGAGGGAGGUGGAGGAGUUCCUGUACAGGGCUGUGAAGAGACAGUGGCACGAGAUGGCCGGGCCUCAGCUCCCGGAGGGAGAGACUGUGAAAGACAGUGAGCAGGCGCUGUAUGAGUUGGUGAAAUGCAACUUCAACGUGGAGGAGGCCCUGCGGAGGCUGCGGUUCAAUGUGAAGGUGAUCCGAGAUGGGCUCUGUGCUUGGAGUGAAGAGGAGUGCAGAAACUUUGAGCACGGCUUCCGGGUGCACGGGAAGAACUUUCACCUGAUCCAGGCCAACAAGGUGCGCACGCGGUCGGUGGGCGAGUGUGUAGAGUACUACUACCUGUGGAAGAAGUCGGAGCGCUAUGACUACUUUGCCCAGCAGACGCGGCUGGGCCGGAGGAAGUACGUCCCGUCUGGAACCACGGACACAGACCAGGACCUGGAUGGCAGUGACCCUGAUGGCCCCGGUCGCCCCCGCCCUGAGCAGGACGCCCUGGCUGCGAUGCACACAGAGCCCCUGAGCAUGGAUGGCACAGCUGGUGGUCUCAGUGAGCCUGAAGUGGCCUCUGGUGGCCCCCCGUCCUCGGAGCCAGGGCCCUGUUCCUUCCAACAACAGCUGGACGAGCCCCCCGCUGUGCCCCUGCCCCGUCUGCCCCCAGCCCCGGCCGACCCAGCCUCGUACCUGCCAGCUGUUGCUGCUCCGGAGCCAGACGCCAGCCCGAGGUUGGCCGUGGACUUCGCUCUGCCCGGGGAGCUGCCCCUCAUCCCCAGCCAUGUGGACCUGGGUGCGGACCCGGAGGAGACGGUGGCCCCUGCCCAGGUGGCUUUGUCAGUCACCGAGUUUGGACUCAUCGGCAUUGGGGACGUGAACCCCUUCCUGGCCGCCCACCCCACGUGCCCGGCCCCCGGGCUACACUCGGAGCCCCUGUCACACUGUAAUGUGAUGACCUGUUGAUUCCUGGCUGUGGGCGGGCGUGUGUGGCCCAGACUGGACUUGGCGCUGCUGCUGGCCCGCCUCGGUCGGUCUUCUGACCCCUUCCCCCCUCUCAGGCCUUGGGGCAGCACCUCCUCUGCUUCAGAACACAUCGGGACUGGGGUGAGGGGGCUGGGCCGUGAGCCCCUGCCCCCAACCACACAGACUGGACCCAGGGUCAUACCCAGCACCGUCAGCGCCCGGCACUGCUGCCUGGGUCCAGGCUACUGCCUGCACGUGGGGUUCAUCAGGCGGCCAGGGACAGAAAGACCCGGCCCUGGGGACACCGGGCAGAGCCGGCCGCCUAGUCCCUUCCAGCCAGCAGAGGCGAGGGAAGGGGUUGCUGCCCCGGCGGGGAGAUGGCAGGACGCCCCGCCCCGCACCAGCAGCCUCCGCUGGGGCGCCCUCAGCUCCCUGCUGGGCUCUGUCUCUCCACACCUGGCAGGGCCGUGGGCUGCCCCAGCUGGGGGGUCAUGGGCAGCUGCUUCUCAGUGCCAACCCCUUGGGGCACAGAGCCAUAUACCUCGCUGUCCGGCUCCCCCCACCCCCCUACCCCGUUGUCUCCACUUCAGGAAAAGCCGCACUUUACACCCCCCCCCCCGCCUCCUCCCCUCCAUCCCUGCUUUCUGAUCCUGAGCGGUUGGGGUGGGGGCCCCUCAGCAACCCCAGACGUGGGUUUGAGGAGACAGGUGGCUUACACCCUCUUUGCUGCCCUCCCCCAGUACCAAGGCAGGGGCCCCCAGAGGAGCCGGCCGCCCUCGCCACCACGCGGGCCCGACUCCAGCCCGUUUGCCCAGCCCUGCAGGCUUUUCUUCUGUGGGAGCGUCCCAGCACGCUGGCUCGGAGUCCCAUCCUCCCCGCCCCUCGUCUGUCUGUUUACACGUUGGAGUGGGGUCCUCAGUGGGCGGGUGCCGUCGGCCUGUUGUGUCCGAGCACCUUUCCGAGUGGACUCGACCAUCCCUCACCCCCACCAAGGACCACACUGUGAAGUGAUAACUGCCUUGAACCCCCCUUGCUGUUUUAUUUAUUAAACUUGAUUUGAAGCCCA